AUGGUAAGAGGAAAUGAUUCUUUUGCAGUAGAAUUUAUCCUCUUGGGAUUCUCUGAUCUUCCUCACUUCCAUCAUAUUCUGUUUGGCAUUUUUUUAGUUAUCUACAUGAGUAUCCUUUUGGGAAAUGGCUUAAUCAUUUUAAUAGCCAUGGUUGAUCCAUCUCUCCAAACCCCCAUGUAUUUCUUCCUUGGAAAUUUUUCCUUCUUGGAAAUCUGUUACACUUCAGUAACCAUUCCUAGAAUGCUGACAGACCUCUGGACCAAGAAACAAAAUAUUUCUCUAUUAGCUUGUGCUGUGCAACUUGGUUUUCUGCUUAUGCUAGGAGCUACUGAGUGCUUCCUCCUGACUGUAAUGGCUUAUGACCGUUAUAUGGCUAUUUGUAAGCCUCUGAACUAUCCUCUCAUCAUGAACCAUAAAAUGUGUGUCCAGCUAGUUUCUGGCUCUUGGACCAUUGGGAUUCCAGUUCAGCUGGGUCUGACAUACCAGAUUUUCUCUCUACCAUUCUGUGGCUCUAAAACACUCAAUCAUAUUUUCUGUGAUAUACGCCCAGUACUGAAGGUGGCCUGUGGUGAUACUUCUGUAAAAGAAUUCUCUCUUUAUGCUAUAGUUGUUUUGUUUGGUUUGAUUCCAUUUCUGUUAAUACUCUGGUCUUACAUCAAAAUCAUAGGGACUAUUCUGAAGCUGCCCUCAGCCAUGGGAAGAUCCAAAGCCUUCUCCACAUGUUCCUCCCAUAUCAUAGUUGUUGGUUUAUUCUUUUUGUCUGUCAUUAUUACAUAUUUACAACCCAAAUCUACUCGUUAUGAAGGAAAUGACAAAUUUUUCUCUCUUUUUUAUACCAUUGUAACCCCAAUGUUUAACCCAAUUAUUUAUACCCUCAGAAAUAAAGAUGUCCUAGUUGCAAUGAGAAAAUUAAAAAAUAAACUA